CUCAUUUCAAUCCAUCAAGCUCCUUUUACCACCUCUUAACAGCAAAGAACCUUGGAUCUGUCUGUCUGUAUAGUAAAAGAAAGAAGCGAAUAAUCUUCUUCUCAGUUUCUCGAGCUCCAAACAACAAGAUUCAAUAUUCUUAACCUGAAUAUCCAAGAACCUGUCUGGGUUUUGUUGGAAUUUUUCUCCAAUUCAUCAAGACACAUCAGCUUCAUCUUGACGACAGAAAGAGCGUGGCAUCUCUGUCAGCAAAGAAAAUGGAAACACGAGAACAAAUCCGUCAAUUUAGCAGUAGCAUACGUAGAAACAGUUCCUCAAUAUGGAGGAACACAACGCCUGAUGUUUUCUCAAGAUCGCACCAUGAGGAGGACGACGAAGAAGCUCUGAAAUGGGCUGCUCUAGAGAAACUGCCGACUUACAACCGUUUGAGAAGAGGUAUCCUAGCUGUAGCUCCAGGGGACCUCAGGGAAGUCGAUAUUCAGAGUCUUGGAUAUCAGGAGAAGAAGAUUUUGUUAGAUAGAUUGAUUAAAGUUGCAGAGGAGGACAAUGAGAAGUUCCUGUUGAAGCUGAAGAACCGCAUUGAACAAGUUGGAAUUGAUCUUCCCACGAUUGAAGUUCGGUUUGAGCAUCUCACUAUUGAUGCAGAAGCUUAUGUGGGUAGUAGGGCCUUACCUACAGUGCUCAACUUCACUACCAAUAUUGUAGAGGGGUUCUUGAACUAUCUCCAUAUUCUUCCUAGUAAAAAGACACCAUUAUCAAUCCUUCAUGAUAUCAACGGUAUCAUCAAGCCUUGCAGAUUUACUUUGCUGUUAGGACCUCCAGCCUCGGGGAAGACCACUUUACUCUUAGCUUUGGCAGGGAAGCUUGAUUCAGAUCUCAAGGUUUCUGGGAGCGUAACUUACAACGGUCAUGAAAUGGAAGAGUUUGUGCCUCAGAGGACUUCUGCCUACAUCAGUCAAUAUGAUGUCCAUAUAGGGGAAAUGACUGUGAGAGAAACCUUGGCUUUCUCCGCAAGAUGUCAAGGAGUUGGAGCUGGUUAUGAAAUGUUGCAAGAGCUAUCGAGGAGAGAGAAGGAAGCGAAUAUUAAACCAGAUCCUGAUAUCGAUGUCUACAUGAAGGCAGCAGCACUACCAGGGAAAGAGGCUAGUGUAGUUACAGAUUAUAUUCUGAAGAUUUUGGGGCUGGAAAUCUGUGCUGAUAUCCUGGUAGGAGAUGAAAUGUUGAGGGGUAUCUCUGGGGGACAAAGGAAGCGUGUCACGACAGGGGAGAUGCUGGUUGGACCUGCAAGGGCAUUAUUCAUGGACGAGAUAUCCACUGGUCUGGAUAGCUCCACCACUUUCCAGAUUGUAAAUGCACUCAGGCAAUCAAUUCACAUUCUUAAUGGGACAGCCGUUAUUUCUCUGCUCCAGCCAGCACCAGAGACUUACGACCUCUUUGAUGACAUUAUUCUUCUCUCAGAGGGGCAUAUUGUGUAUCAGGGGCCCCGUGAACACGUGCUUGAGUUCUUUGAAUCCAUGGGUUUCAAAUGCCCUGCAAGAAAAGGCGUUGCAGAUUUCUUGCAGGAAGUGACAUCAAGGAAAGAUCAGCAGCAGUACUGGGUAAAUAAAGAUGAGCCUUACAGUUAUGUUCAUGUCAAGGCAUUCGCAGAGGCAUUCCAAUCAUUCCAUGUUGGUAAGAGAUUAGGAGACGAACUCGCCACACCAUUCGACAAGAGCAAGAGCCAUCCUGCUGCUCUGACAACUUCCAGAUACGGCACCAACAAGAAGGAACUACUGAAGGCCUGCACCUCAAGAGAAUAUCUGCUAAUGAAGAGGAACUCCUUUGUCUACAUCUUCAAGAUGAUGCAACUCCUAGCUAUUGCGCUCAUCGCAAUGACGGUAUUCCUGCGCACCAAGAUGCACCAUGAUACAAUAGCUGAUGGGGGAAUCUAUUUGGGUGCUAUAUUUUUAACACUCUUCACGUCCAUGUUCAACGGGUUUGCUGAGCUUUCCAUGGCCAUUUAUAAGCUUCCUGUUUUCUACAAGCAAAGAGACCUCCUUUUCUUUCCUGAAUGGGCCUACUCCCUACCUACAUGGAUCCUUAAGAUUCCAAUAUCGGUUGUGGAAGUUGCGAUCUGGGUUGGCCUCACUUAUUAUGUGAUAGGCUUUGAUCCAAAUGCUGGGAGGAUGUUUAGACAGUAUUUGCUCCUUCUAUUGCUUAACCAGAUGGCCUCUGCACUAUUUCGAGUCAUUGCUGCAUUUGGGAGGAUCAUGAUCAUUGCAAAUACAUUUGGAACUUAUGUAUUGCUUCUAAUAUUGGUGAUGGGCGGAUUCGUCUUGUCUCGAGAGGAUGUGAAGAAAUGGUGGAAAUGGGGUUAUUGGAGCUCACCCAUGAUGUACGCGCAAAAUGCAAUCGCUGUCAAUGAAUUUUUAGGGAAAAGUUGGAGACAUUUUCGUCCUGGUGCAACAGUACCAUUGGGAGUGGAAGUCUUGCAGUCCCGUGGAAUCUUUACUCAUGCAGAUUGGUACUGGAUUGGUCUAGGUGCACUGGUUGGUUAUAUAUUACUAUUCAAUGCUGUUUUUCCCAUAGUUCUUCAUUAUCUCAACCCAUUUGGGAAAGCACAAACAGUUUUAUCAGAAGAGGCCUUGAGAGAGAAACAUGCUAACAGAACAGGAGAACUUAUUGGGCUAACAACUGGAGGAGGGAGCUCUGCUGACCAUACAACACCAGAAUCGAGAAGUGAUGAAAUAAGGAGCAAUAUCUCAGAAGGGUCUAUGUCUUUGCAAGCAGAAGUUGCCAGUGCUGGUCAGAGCAAAAAGAAGGGAAUGGUUCUUCCAUUUGCACCUCUUUCUAUCGCCUUUGAUAAUAUCCGAUACUCUGUCGAUAUGCCACAGGAAAUGAAAGCUCAAGGUAUUCCAGAAGAUCGGUUGGAGCUCCUGAAAGGAAUGAGUGGAGCUUUCAGGCCAGGAGUUCUUACAGCCCUUAUGGGUGUUAGUGGUGCCGGUAAGACUACUCUAAUGGAUGUGUUGGCCGGAAGGAAGACCGGUGGAUAUAUAGAAGGAAACAUCACAAUAUCUGGCUAUCCCAAGAAGCAGGAAACGUUUGCUCGCAUAUCUGGUUACUGUGAACAGAAUGACAUCCACUCUCCUAAUGUCACAGUCUAUGAAUCUCUCAUCUACUCUGCGUGGCUUCGAUUGCCCACUGAAGUCGACUCAGCAACAAGAAAGAUGUUCAUCGAGGAGGUCAUGGAGCUUGUAGAGUUGGCAACAUUGAGAGGUUCACUAGUGGGAUUGCCUGGCAUCAAUGGGCUAUCGACCGAGCAGCGUAAGAGGAUGACCAUUGCUGUCGAGCUCGUUGCAAACCCCUCUAUAAUAUUCAUGGAUGAACCGACAUCCGGACUUGAUGCCAGAGCUGCAGCAAUUGUGAUGAGAACAGUGAGGAACACAGUCGACACUGGAAGGACAGUGGUGUGCACGAUUCACCAACCGAGCAUUGAUAUAUUCGAAGCUUUUGAUGAGCUUUUCCUAUUGAAGCGAGGAGGUGAAGAAAUAUAUGUAGGUCCACUGGGGCACAAUUCUUGCCACCUGAUCAAGUACUUUGAGGGAAUCAAUGGAAUCAGCAAGAUAAAAGAUGGUUAUAACCCUGCAACAUGGAUGCUGGAGGUGACAACACCAGCACAAGAAGAGGCUCUUGGGGUUAACUUCUGUGAAAUAUACAGGAACUCCGAACUAUAUAGGAGAAACAAAGCUUUGAUUAAGGAACUAUGUAAACCACCUCCCAGUUCAAGAGAUCUUUACUUCCCCACUAAGUACUCACGGCCCUUCUUCACACAGUGCAUGGCUUGCCUGUGGAAACAACAUUGGUCAUACUGGCGCAAUCCACCAUACACGGCAGUGAGAUUUUUGUUUACAAUCUUCAUAGCCCUGGGGUUCGGGACAAUAUUCUGGGAUCUUGGCACCAAAACAUCAAGGCAACAGGAUGUUUUUAAUGCAAUGGGCUCCAUGUAUGCUGCUGUUCUGUUCCUUGGGUUUCAAAAUGCCUCAUCUGUGCAGCCAGUCGUGUCUGUUGAACGAACAGUUUUCUACAGAGAGAGAGCUGCCGGAAUGUAUUCGGCUUUGGCGUAUGCAUUCGGGCAGGUCGUGAUCGAGAUUCCAUAUGUUAUGGUGCAAACCCUGGUGUAUGGGCUUAUUGUGUAUUCUAUGAUCGGAUUUGAGUGGACGGCUACCAAGUUCUUCUGGUAUCUGUUCCUCAUGUACUUCACAUUGUUGUACUACACAUACUUUGGGAUGAUGACAGUUGGCCUCACUCCCAAUCACAACAUUGCAGCCAUAAUUUCAGUCGCAUUCUAUUCACUAUGGAAUCUCUUCUCCGGCUUUCUAGUUCCACGAAUGAGGAUUCCUGUGUGGUGGAGAUGGUAUUAUUGGGCAUGCCCCAUCGCCUGGACCUUGUAUGGACAGAUUGCUUCACAAUUUGGUGAUGUAGAGGAUACAAUUGACACAGGUGUAACGGUUAAGGCAUUUGUUAAGAGUUAUUAUGGAUUCAGACAUGACUUCCUAGGAGUGGUUGCUGUUAUGGUCAUCGUGUUUGGCGUGGUGUUCGCAUUCAUCUUCGCAUUUUCAAUAAAAGUGCUCAAUUUCCAAAAAAGAUGAGGUUGUCAUGAGAGAAGUUGAUGAUGUCGACCACCUCCCAAGUGCAUUCAUUAUAUAAUGGAGUUUUAUUUUGUAAACUCAGGGAUGUGGCAUGGUGUCCUUGAGAACUAUUUGAAUAAAUUAUUGAUGUUUCUUUGUUGA